CAAGUAGUGUAGUGUAAGGUGCAAAGUGAACUUUCUGAGUCAUCGUCUCAAGUUUUGUUCGUUUUUAUUCGACACAAGGAUAGCGUAAGGACAACCCACCUUCAGGCAGGUGCAUAUAACGAGCGAAAGUCAUAACGGUCGCGAGGGGAAAAAGAACAUGAUCGGCAGGUACAAACAAUAAACACAGCCAGGCAAUCCGGCAACGUUGUAGGAAAUUUGAAAUUUGGCUUCUUCUUCAGUCAAUGCAAGACAUUCGAGUGUGGUUUAACAGUUGCACAAUAAACUCCAAGAAAUGGCUCGUCUCCCUUUUGUUUUCUAAACCCAAUGUCAGCUCGAAUCUUUCUUUGUUAUACGUUUGAGCAAAACUCGAACGUUUGAUUUCCUAAACAUUUAAAUACCGGUGUACUUGUUAAAUCAGAACGAUGGAAACGACCUGUGACAUGUCUGGUUCAGUGUCUGCCUCAAUGAAUUAUCUUACUCUGCAAACGCCGUCCAAAAAAUCUCGGAGGAAUAAAGACGAUUCCCAACCCGUGAUCACUGCAAAGAUAUGUUUAGUUGGGAGAGUGCGAGAAAUUGAGGGUGUUCAACAAGCUGCUGAAAGUUUUGGAGUGCCAGUAUUUCAUUCACAAGAUGGACUUGAAUAUGUUAGCCCUCAACAGGACACAGUAUUUGUUCUGUAUGAAUUUGCUGAUCCCUUAUAUGAAGUUCUGUAUAAAAAAGAAUGCAGGAUUCUGGGUUAUGCUGCUCUGCUCGAUAUUGUCUCAAAGAAGUAUCCUAUGCCAGAACUUGAUCGUCCACUAUUUUCUAUAUCAAUGGAGAAUGUUGUCUCUUGCUUCACUGGCUUUAGAAAUCGAGAUGAAGUGAACACUCUGGUCUCUUGUAUCCAUCAUAUGGGUGGCAGUAUCCGCAAGGAAUUUGAUUGCAACAAAAUUACCCAUCUCAUUGCUAAUAAAGUUGGAGGAGAGAAAUACCAGUAUGCUGUAACGUUCAAUAUUCCGGUUAUGAGCGCUUCAUGGGUCCACUCUGCUUGGGAGAAGCGCCACGAACUAGGUGUACGUGCCAUCGACUCUUCUAUGCAAACAAGCCAUGCUUUAAAGAUUUUUGAAGGCACUAGCAUUUGCUGGAUAGGAGUCAAUGAUGACGAAGUGGCCCAAAUGAACGAAAUUUUAAUAAACAACGGAGGAUCAGUUACGACUUUGGACGAUCCCAAUUGCACUCACGUGGUCAUAGACCCGCUUGGAGCGGGAAACGUUCCCGAUAAACUGCCUAGUAAAGCUGUAUUGGUGGAAGUCAAGUGGUUUUGGGUCUCCAUUCAAAUGGAUAUUUGUGCCAGUGAAAAACUUUAUCCAUACAAAGAGGCUCAUUUAGCCAGUCCGAGGAAUGGAGUUUUAUCCCCCGCCACUCCAGGAUCACGCACCCGUAAACGUAAGCGUCUAAAGGACACAGUAUCCCAACUUGCUGCCCAAGGAGGAUCUCCUAGUUUACUUCAAGUACCAUCCUCCGGUCAUGAUGUUCAUCGCCGACGUUCGUCUAUCAGUGAAUCGGGGUUACUCAGCCUUAGUGGCUCGUUUCUUGAUGCAACGAGUCCUGAAAAGGCUGGCCUAGGGGAUCUUACCAUUUCUGUUCCGACGCCACAGGAUCUCAAAGCAAUGUCGCCUCGACAUCAAGUAUUCAUGGAGUUGUUACAUACAGAAAUGAACUAUGUGGAAAUACUUGAAACAAUCGUUGAGGUGUUCAAAAAACCGCUUGAAGAUCCCAAUCAAGUUGGUGGCCCUCUGCUUGAUCCAACAGAGGUCAAAAUUAUAUUCGGCAAUCUGCCACCCAUUCAUGAUAUCCAUUUUGAGUUACUUGUGCAACUAAAGAACGCCGCGCUCAACUGGAGAGAGGAUAUUAGCGUCGGAGCUUUAAUUUUAAAGCACUCACACGACUUAGUUAAAGCCUACCCGCCGUUCGUCAACUUUUUCGAGCAAACCAAAGAAGUGCUCAGCGUAAGCGAUCGAACAAAGCCUCGUUUUCAUGCAUUCCUUAAAUUGGGCCAGAGCAAUCCCAAAUGUCGACGUCAGAGCCUUCAAGAGUUGCUUAUUCGUCCUGUACAACGACUCCCCUCCAUCAGCCUGCUUUUGAAUGACUUACUGAAACAAACCCCUAAGAGCAACCCUGAUUACGGUGAACUGGAAAAGGCUCUUUCGACAAUCAAAGAGGUGAUGACGCACAUCAACGAAGAUAAGCGAAGAACCGAAGGCCAAGUCGUUCUUUUUGACAUUUUCAACGACAUCGAGAAUUGCCCUGCCCACAUUGUUUCCUCGCACCGUAGCUUUGUGUCGAAUUGCGACGUCGUUGAAUUGGGCGAUGGCAUCGUUGGUCGUGGUGGGCAACUGACGCUGUUCGUAUUUUCUGAUGUCAUCGAGAUAUGCAAGCGUCGAUCAAGAGGCAACACCUUGAGAAGAGAUGUCAGUACAAUCAGCCUGCAACCACCUAGGGGAGGUGCUGAAAAAGGAAGUAAACCUACGUACAAGCAUGUCGAGUUAAUAUCAGUUUCGCACGUAAAAAGGGUUAUCGACAUUACGGAAACAGAAGACUGCCAAAACGUUUUUGCCUUAAUUUGUCGGAGUCACUAUGAAACCAAGGAACGUCUUUAUUCGUUUGAAAUAACAUCUGAAGACGUGGACAAAGUAGCAUUCCUGAAGACUCUUUGUCGGCUGAUGGCGAACAUUACCUGCAGGGCGGACGCGGAAAAUUACAUGGCCUGCAUGGAGGCCCGGCAGCUUGAUAUAGAUACCAGUGAUUUAGCGUCCGGCACCCUCAGAAGAGCCGCCAGAUUGGCUUCGAAAACGCGUAUGGCCGUCAACCGAGCGUUCAGUUUUAGCAAAACGCCAAAUCGUCUAAAAAGGGCAAUGAGUACGGUAAUGAGCCCUCUACGAUCGUCCAACAGUUCCAAUCUCUGCGAUUCGACCGUCAUUAGCCCCAUGAUGAACGGUGGAACCGUGGGCAUGGCGGCCAGCUGUGCCAAUUUGGCGAUGAUUGAUUCUGACACUGGAUUGAAAACGACGCCGAGUUCUUCGACAUUGAAAAAUUUCAAAAGCAGUUCACUUGGACUAAAUGCGCAUAAACGUUUGUAAACAAGCGUUCAGCAAGUAGGAAACUGAAAUAGAAUACGACAAAACUGGAGAGGAAAAACGUAAAUGCACAUGACUUUCUAGCGAACACAUAAAUAUUUUGCCUUUCACGUUGGCCAAUUUCAUGAACUUACUUUGUUCCCUCGCAAUCCUUGAUGUCCAAUCGUCUUCCCAUCUUGUAUCAUAUACCUGUUCCUUUUUUUUGUACAUCUGUCUAUUUUUUUUUUUUUCAAUUUUAUUAUUAGAUAUUUUUUUUCUGGCUGGAAAAUUCCUCAUCUUCUCCACUUUUUGUGAACAUCUACUCCAUUGAUUUUUAUUCAGGACAAGGGCUUGGCAGCUAAAGUAAUGUAGAACAUCAUGCGCGUGUGUGACGAUGGUAUUUUACUUUAGCAGGAUGUUGGAUUCAAUUUUUUUUUUUGAAACGCUGAAGCAUAACAAUGGUAUAGGCAAGCUUUCCUCCACACGCUUUGAAUAAUGUCGAUAUGUUCGAUCACCUGUUAUAUUCUAUUAUGAGAAGAAAAAAAAACUAUUUUAUCAUGCUUUGUUCGCCCCAGCUAAUCCCUCCGCACCGUAUGCUGGUCUUCACGUCUAGCAAUACCUCUUUUCUUUUAACCAUUUCCUUGAUUAGUCGCUGCUGCAUUCAAGUAGAUUAAACGAAAAGUUUAAAUUUCUUAAUACACUCAUCAACGUUGACUCGGUCGAGUUAGCCUCAAACGCCAA